CACAUGGCGGAGCGUCACCGCGCACUCCCAGUCGAGCUGAUCUCGCCUCGAGUCUGCUUGCCAGAAGGAAGGAUGGAUCAUAGCUGCGGGAUGGGAUAAAAGCAUGAAGUGGAGAAUGUGAUAAUGAAGUGCUAUUUUCACAUGCGAUGAACUGGUGAGCGUGAUUGUUUUCACUCUGGAGGCCCGCCGCGUUCUCUCGUGUUGUUUACUCCCAGCAGGAAUCGAAGAUGCGAGUCGGGCUUUCUACAUCUCGGAGACUAUCGACAGCUCACAUCAGUGAAGUAAACAUCUCGCUGCAUCAUUACCCGUGAGGUCACGUGACCUGGAAAGUUAUUGAAGGCUGUUUUCUCGACUACACGAACCCCCUGGAGAGGAAAAAAAAAGACUUCAAAGAGGAAAAGAAACUUAAAUGAUCUCUGCCCUGUCUUCCAAGAAGACUACGUCUACAGCAACAAUCUACAGCAUUCAAGUCAAUUCCUGCCAGAAUUGCCCAAAAUUCUUCCGCCGUUAUUAGACUCAUUCAAAAUCCGAUCGACAUCGAAGCCGUAAUAAUUCGAAACGCUUUAUUAAUCCAAAGUGAAGGUCCUGGAAGGGUUCUGCUGGAGCUAUAGUGCAAUCCAGUCCACUACCGACUCCUCCAGAGCUGGAAUCACUCAGGUCAUGAGAGUCUGCAACGGCCGACAGGAUGGGUGCCAAUGGGAAUCUGCAAUCAUGAGGCCUAAUAAGGGCAGACAAGCCCACUCAGCAGCUGAUGGAUUGGCGCUGAGCGCUGCGAAGAACAGGACGGCUCAGAUUGCAAAGGGGGAUAGCGGACUGUGCGUGGUGAUAGAUGGCUCAAUCAUUCCUACGUCCCCGGCGUCCUCCUACCGGACCUGCGUUCGCCGAGAAGUGCCGCCAAGGUGGACCAGCUCUGUUGUCUUUCUGGACAAGCUAUUUUCAGUUUCCCUGGUGGCACCGGACAAGAGGGGAGCAGGACAAAACGUUCUGUAUAAGUCUUCCGUGUUCGUUCGGAUCUGCUCACCGGAAAGUUCCGGAGGCGUCGGGGAGGCCGUGUUGGUCGGCGAGCAGCAUGAUGGAGGCAAGAGUUUGGGACGGCGUGGAGCAGCGACAUCAACUCAAGACAGGAGAGAAGAAUCACAAGAACAUCCGGCGAAGACGGCAAAAGGUGUCGAGAUGGAUUAUUGUCAGUUCUUCUUGAAGACAAACACUCCAGAAGCCUGGCCCAAGUCGCUCAGUCUCAAAGAGGCUCUGGAGCUCUACAGGCCAGACUUCAUCAGCCAAUCUCAGGGUCGAGUGAGGAUGAUGGAGCAGAGGAAGAGGAGGGGGAAGACCAGCGCCGACCUGAUACGAGACGAAGACGUGAGAAGGAGGAGGUGCACCACCUGUGCCGGCCUGGUACGAGACGGAGACGUGCGAAAGAGGAAGUGCACCACGCCGGAUCCGCUUAGCGAUAACCUUUUCAAGCCAAGCAGGAGGUCGAUAUCAAUUAAAGAAAUGCAACAGCGAUCCAGAAGGUUGUACAACAAGCUGCCAGAGGUGGAAAAGAAAAAGCAGGAGGAAGAGAAGAGAACAGUGUUCCAAGCCAACAGACUGCGAGUAGAACUCUUUAAAAAGAGACUUCUGGACCACAUUCUGCAAAGAUGAAGGAGCCACACAGAAUGACAAAUACUUAUUUCCUAUUUCAUCCGUGCCUUCAGUAUUAAUUGUGUCUGAGCGAACAAAGUUUGUCAGUUCAUGCCGAGACACUAAAUGAGAUUAUUCAAAGAAAAUUGCCAAAAACCAAUUUACAUCGGGUCCAAGAAAAAUUAUGUAUCGCUAAGUUAUUUUUUUGUAUUCUUUUUUUAAUCGACGAAAAGCAAGUGCUCUAGUUCUAAAUAUUGUUAUUUGACUUUUUUGUUUAUGUUACAUCUGUUUUUCCUUUAAGGAUUUUUGGUGAUCAAAUGCCUGUGCAGUAAUUAGAACUAUUUAAUUUUUUUCUCUUUAUAGAUUUAUACAUUAAUUAAAUAUUACAUAAAGGUCAAAUAAUAUCUUAAACUCAUAAAUAAAAUAUAGCUACAAUACAGAAAUCCAACAGCGUA